UUCAAGAUGGCGGACGCGGUGUAAAGUGUUAAGAGUAUUGUUAAAAUAUGUCUCAAGCAAGAUCUUUGCCUCAAAGCAAAGAAACUCUGUUAAAAUCAUACACUAAAAGGCUAAAGGAUGAUGUGAAGUCCAUUCUUGAUAAUUUUACUGAAAUAUUAAAAUGUUCCAAGGUUGAAGAUGAAUCGCAAGUGUCUUGUGUAACACAAGUGGUACAAGAUCAGUAUGAAUGCAAUGUUAGAGCUGCAAACAUAGUCAGAGCUGGAGAAUCAUUAAUGAAACUUGUCUCAGACAUCAAAGAAUUUCUGAUCUUGAAUGACUUUCCAUCUGUGAAUGAAAGUAUCUCAGAGAGAACAACAAGACUAUCGAACAUGCAACAGCAUACAGAUAAGCAGUUGAUGAAUCUAAAAGAAGACAUUGCUAUCACGCUGUAUGGAUUAGAAGAAGCAUUUUAUUCAUCACCAUAUCAUUAAAUAGCAUUAACAUAAUUUUAGAUAUUUAACGUUUCAUAUAAAUGCAAAUAGAUUGUCACAAAACUUGUAGUACAUUACAGUGUAUAUGUAUUGUAAAUAAAASUUGAUGCCACA